CUCAAAAACCUCCCCAAAAUCUCCGCAAAGCUCUGAAUGAGAGUUGCUCUAUGUAGCCUCCUCUCUAUCUUCAUCCAUGGAGGUUUUUUAUUCUUCAACCCCAACCAACCGCAAAAUUCUCUCUCUAAAUUCACCUUUCCCUGCCAAUUUUCCCGCCAAGUCUUGGAACAAGAAAAACCCAUGUAGAUACAACAUUCCCAGCUUCGGGUUCCACAAAAACCCAUCAUUUUCGAUCUAUUUACUCUCAUGUCAUAGCACAAAGUUUCGAGCUUUAGCACACUUUGGUCGACCCAUGAGCCGAAGAAAUUCGCUGAGGAAGAAGCUCAUUGACGAGCAAAAGGUGAACCAGAUUUCCGUUCCUUUAAACCCAAGUUCUGAUUUUCAGUUUUUGAAUAAUAAUUUUGAUGAUACCGAGAGUCCCCUAGAGAAAGUGAACUAUGAUAGUGUGAAAGAGAGUGAAUUUAGUAAUGGGGUUGUUGCUGAUGAUAGUAGUGUGGCUGAAACGAGUAGUGUAAAAGAACCAAAUGCAAAAAGCCUUGUUGAUUCUGUUUUGUUGGGUAAAUUGGAUAGUUGGAUGGAGCAGUAUAAGAGAGAUACCGAGUAUUGGGGUAUUGGUUCUGGUCAUAUUUUUACUGUCAAUCAAGAUUCUGAUGGUAAUGUGAAAGUGGUUUCGGUUAAUGAGGAUGAAAUCUUGAGAAGAAGCCGAGUUGAGAGACUGGAAUUGGAGGACUCGGCAGAGGUGAACUUGAAAAUUUUGCAAGCAGAGAGUUUGGCUAGAGAGAUGGAGAGUGGGAAAAAUGUGAUUGCGAGGAAUAGUUCAGUAGCCAAGUUUGUUGUUGAGGGUGAGGACUCGGGUUUUAUGAAGGGAAUUCAGGGUUUUAGUUUUCGACCAGAGUUCUUGCCAAAUAUAUCUAGAUUUGGGAGACUGGUGUUGUAUGGUUUCAUUGCAUUGUGGGCAUUGAAGAAGUUAUUCACUUUUGGAAAUAAAGAAGAACGAUACUCAGAGUUGGAGAAGGAAAUGAUGAGGAGAAAGAUAAAAUCAAGAAAGGAGAAAGAGAUGUUAGAGAAGGGCAGCGUGGAAGUUGUUCAAGCAUCUUCAGAAUUGCCACUGGGUCCCUUUAAAAAGCCUAGCAUUGAUAAGCAAGAACUUAUGAAGGCUAUUAUGAGAGAAAACUUGACAAAUGGCAACCUGGCUUUACAAGAUUCUUCAACUUCCAUGAUCGUUGCCGAAAAUACUGAUUUUGAUGAUAAAGUUCAGGAAAUCAGAAAUAUGGCCAGGCAAGCGCGUGAAAUUGAGGGUAGAGAACAUUCUUUGGUUGGUACGGAUAGAAAAGAAAUUCAGACUGUGAAUGAUGAAAUAUCAGAUGAAACUGUGAAUGACGAACUUUCAGAUGAAAUUGUGCAUGAUGAAAUUUUGGAUGAAAUCAAAGUUGUCAAACAGCAUGAAGAAGAGGAAGCAAAUACUCUGACCAACCCUUUAAAUGGAGAUUGCAGACAAACUAAGGGUAGUGGUGAUACUGCAUCUCUUGAAAAGUUAGACUGUGCUAAGGAUGGGGAUAUUCAAACUUCUAGUAUUCCGCAUAUAGAAGUUUCAGAUGAUAGGCAAAGCACUAACCAGGAUGUAAGAGGCAGUGAACAUAAUUUACACUUAACAGAUGAUUCUCCUUUUAGGGAGUCCAACAAGCCCAAAAAUGGUUCCAUCCAAGUAAAACCAAGGGUCAUAAGGUCUGUGAAAGAAGCUAGGGAGUACCUAUCUAAAACCCGUGACAAAAUAAAGCUUAAUGAAGAGCCCCAGUUUGAACCUGUCACAGGAAGUGAUGCUCUUGUAUGGCUACAAAGUGAUGAAGACUCUGGCAACAAUGUGAGUCAGGGACCGGUCAUGGUUAAUAAUAUAUUUGCACCUGAAGUUCCAGACAGAGCAUCAGAUUCUCCAUCUAUGGAAAAUGCAUGUGAACAUUGUGAUCUGAAGGAUAAGAAAUUUGAGGAUAAAAAGAUUGAUAAACCUGAUGAAACUGAGAAAAGAUACAUCAGGGAUGUUCAAAAGCAACAGGUUUCUUUAGAUCAUGAAAGUAAUGACAGUGAUUCAAUUAGAGAGCCAUCUGUAAAAUAUGAGAACUGGAUGGAGGAAAACUUCAAUGAAUUUGAACCUAUAGCUAAGAAGAUUGGAGUUGGUUUUAGAGAUAAUUACAUGGUUUCAAGAGAAAAGGGAGAUCAACAAUCAAGUAUGAGUUCUGACAUGACACAGCUUGGGUCUAAUGAAGAAGAUGACAGUGAACUUGAAUGGUUGAAAGAUGACAGUCUCAGGGAAAUUGUUCUUCAAGUCCAAGAAAAUGAGUUGGGAGGGCGGGAUCCGUUUUAUAUGAUGGAUGCUGAAGAUAAGGAUGCAUUCUUCAAGGGUCUUGAGAAGAAAGUUGAGAAAGAGAAUAAAAAGCUGUCGAAACUGCACGAGUGGCUCCACUCAAACAUUGAAAAUCUCGAUUAUGGUGCAGAGGGUAUCAGCUUGUAUGAUCCACCAGAAAAAAUUAUACCACGAUGGAAAGGUCCCCCUUUAGAAAAGAGUCCAGAGUUCUUGAAUUAUUUCCAAGAGCAGCGCAACACCAUUUUUGCUGGAAAUGAUGGGAUUUCAGUGAAAAAAGAUGAGCAGAACAUUCUUCAGAAAUCAACAGAAUCCCAAUCCCAAGAGAAUAUUGCCACUUCUUCUGUAGUCAGUGACCCAAAUAAGAAGGAUAAUAGAAAUUCAAAGAUAGUUAUAGAAGGGAGUGAUGGUUCUGUCAGAGCUGGCAAAAAAUCAGGGAAGGAGUUUUGGCAGCACACAAAAAAAUGGUCCCAGGGGUUUUUGGAAUCCUACAAUGCAGAGACCGACCCAGAAAUUAAAGCCACAAUGAGGGACAUGGGGAAGGGUUUGGAUCGAUGGAUCACAGAAAAAGAAAUACAGGAAGCUGCUGAUCUGAUGAACAAAAUGCCUGAAAAAAACAAGAAAUUCAUGGAAAAGAAACUCAGCAAGCUUAAAAGAGAGAUGGAAUUGUUUGGCCCACAAGCUGUAGUGAGCAAAUACCGUGAAUAUGCAGAAGAUAAGAAAGAAGAUUACUUGUGGUGGUUAGAUCUUCCUUACGUGCUGUGCAUCGAGUUGUACACAGUUGAUAAUGAAGAACAAAGGAUAGGAUUUUACUCAUUGGAGAUGGCUGCAGAUCUUGAAUUGGAACCAAAGCCGUAUCAUGUUAUUGCUUUCGAGGACACUAAUGAUUGCAAAAAUCUUGGUUAUAUCAUCCAGGCUCAAAUGGAUAUGUUUGGGAAUGGCCACGCCUUUGUUGUUGCCCAGCCACCUAAGGAUGUUUUUCGGGAAGCCAAAGCAAAUGGCUUCGGUGUAACUGUCAUUAGGAAAGGAGAGGUUCAGCUCAACGUGGACCAAACUUUGGAAGAAGUGGAGGAACAGAUCACUGAGAUCGGGAGCAAAAUAUACCAUGAUAAGAUCAUGCAGGAGCGUUCUAUGGACAUAAGCUCAUUGAUGAAGGGUGUAUUUGGUUUCAGCGGCAAACCUACUAAGAGAACAAGAUCAAAGCAAACGAUGAAGACUGCAAUUGGAUUCGGUGGCAAACCUGCUAAGAGAAAAAGAUCAAAGCAGAUGCUGAAGAAGCCUAGCAAGAAAGAAAGGUGAUGCUUGUUCAUACAUACUCCGAGAGACAGCGAUAAUCGACCAUAUGACCAGUUCAUGGUAAUGGAGGCUCUGGAUGUGUACUCCACGUUCUUACGCAAAUGCCGGGCAAACUCUCUGCAAGCAUUCGGAGAUCCAUGACUUGGUGCAAGCCAUUGACCUUUCAAGCCACCUUUUAAGCCGAGUCAUUGUGGCAAGAAACUGCAUCUGUUUGGUGGUAGCAAAGAGUAGCCGCUACUGCCCCUGAUUCAUUUGCAUUCUGUCUCACCCAAGGCUGGAGGUGGAUUGCAGUUCAGCUAGCUCUCAAUUCCCUGCUUGUGUGCGGCUGUUGAAGAUUUGGUUUGUGGUGUACCAUAACAGGUUCCUGCUCCUCACCAUGGUCACUUUCUCCGGGAAGCCAGACAAAACUAAUUAAUUCUGGAGGCACAUCCGUGCAGUUGCGCUGUGGAUUGUGGGAGCUCAUCGUAGGAACUGGGAACUGAUAUUCCCUUGAACUCCUUGUAUUUAAGAUACUAGUUUCAAUGUUUGCUUUUUAAUGUGUGAAUAAUAUCCAACCUUACUGUAUUUUGUUCUUGUAAUACUGUAAUUUCUAGUUUAUUCAACAUGCAAGCAGAAUCAUCGGCUUUGUUUCUUAAA